AUGGACGGUUGGAGCAAAUUUCAGUCCAACUUUUCCGGUCUCAAUCUUGGCCAGUCUGCAAAUAAGCUGGCCAAAGGAUUCAGCACCAGCGUCCAAGCAACUAAGGAGCGGUUGGGUCAAGUAGCUCCAGACGAAAUUACAGAGCUUCCCCAAGAAUACAAGGACCUCGAGGCGCGCGUCGACGCCCUCCGCCAGACUCAUCUUAUAUUGCUUAAAGUGACCAAGGUCUACGAAAACGAGACCUACGACUACCCCACGCAAAUCCAAGAGUCCAUCACCGAGCUCGGGACCACCAUCGGCCACGAAAUUACCAACUUCGCCGCAGCCAACCUGAAGGGCACCAACCUUCCGAGGCCCGCCCGGAGCUCUCCACCGGCUGCGCAACACAAGACUCUCCCCCAUGCCCUUGGACGUGCCACAACUGCUGCCGCAGCCACAUUGCAAGCGACUGCCGGCCCUGACGAUAAGUUAGCCACGGCUCUCCACACAUAUUCCGGCGCUUGGGAGAAAAUUUCCGAAGGCCGUGUUGAACAAGACGCAGCCAUCAGAGCGCAGUUCCUGCAGCCAUGGCAGGCAACGCUUUCAACAUCUAUAGCGGUCGCCAUGAAGGCUCGCCAAGCUGUCCGUAUGAGCAGGCUCGAGCUAGAUGCUGCCAAACAGGUGUUGAAGACUUCGAGCGCUACGAAGCAAGAAGCUGCCCGCCUUGAGGUCGAGAACGCGGAGGAUGACCUCGUUCAGAAGACUGAGGUUGCCAUCACCCUGAUGAAGACGGUCCUGGAGAAUCCUGAGCCCAUCAAGAAUCUGAAUGAGCUUGUCAAAGCUCAGCUUCUUUUCUACGCCACGGCUGCCGAGGCGCUCUCCACCGUACAAGGAGAGGUAGAGGAGCUCAGCGUUGCCGCUGAGGGUGAGUACAGAAAGUCUCGCGACCACUGA